AUUGAUCAGGCCGUAAAAGAUGUCUGAUUAUAAUUCUAUUUGGGAUCCGAGAUGUUUACCUAGGGGUGUUUGUUUACUAGAUUAUGAAUGUUGAUGAAAUGUUAGGUCACAAAUUGGAGAGGCAUUUAGAAAGGGGUCGGAUAAAUGAAGAGAAAGAGAUAAUGUGUAAUUUUUGUGAACCAUAAUAUUGAAGGCGGGAUACGAUAAGUUUGCCGGACGCUCACAGUGUAUGUUUGUUUGUUUACAUAAUUACUAUAAACCGGCCAGAGUUCAAAGGAAGUACCCAUUUGAGUUGCAGACAUUUCUCCUGAAAGAAUAAAAAUGGCUCAGGGUCUUGCAGAUGGUGUGGAUUUGAAAACAUAUUGCAAAAUGCUCCCGAAGAUUGAACUUCACGCCCACUUGAAUGGAUCCCUGAGUGACACCACCAUACUUCGACUUUUGCAAGAUAAACGUUCAGCGGGAGUUGUUAAUCUUCCUGAUUCAGCAGAAGUUGUUAUCAAACGCGGACACAAUCGCUCCCUAGAAGACUGUUUUACUGUGUUUGGCAUCCUGCAUUGCCUUACAGAUAGCGUGUCUGCAAUUGAAACAAUUACGAGAGACGUCCUACAAGACUUUGUUGCAGACAAUGUCCGGUACUUAGAAUUACGAACUACCCCAAAAGUUAUUCCUGGAAAGAUGACCAAAGAACAGUAUAUUGAAGCAGUGUUAAAUGUUAUGAUUGAAGAAAUGCAGCGCAGUAAUAUCACAGUACACUACUCAUAUCUGUUGACCGUGCUCGUGGAGAUCAGUGAUGCUUGGGAUACUCUGCAAAUUGCAAAGAAAUACAAGAAUAUAAUUCCUAACAAAACUGAAACUUUAGCCAUUCUAAGGAGUGCAUUAAUCGAUAGAAUUGGACAUGGAUCAUAUAUUCACCACGAAAGCAGUGGAUCCCUUGAGAUGGUGGAGAUGGUUAAACAACAAAAUAUCCCUAUAGAAAUCUGUGUAUCAUCAAACAUCAUGUCUGGAACUGUCAAGAAUGUUGCUGAUCAUCACUUUAAAUAUUGGCGAAAAGAAGGUCACCCAAUCAUCAUAUGUACUGAUGACAAAGGAGUAUUCAACACCUCCCUAAGUGAAGAAUUUUUAAUAUGUGCUGAGGCAUUUGACCUUCGCACAAGUGACCUCAAUUCAUUGUGUCUUGAAGCUGUGAACAGCACCUUCCUUCCUCAAGAGGAAAGAGAGCGACUGCAUUUAUUAAUUCAAGGAGAGCUGCAAGAUUUACAAGGAAAAACAACAGGAAAAGUCUUAGCAGUAGUAUAAUAAAAUACCAGCAUAAUGCAGAUUAGUAUAUAAAAAAUAAUGUACAAGCUAGACCAUUUUGCUGUGGAAAUGCAGAACCUUUAUCAAAAUACACUGAGGCAGGUGAUAGAAUUUUGAAUGGUGGAAGAAGUGUCAUUUUUUCAAAAUGUGCAAACUUCAUCUUAAUGAGGAAAAAAAAAAAAGUGAGUGAAAUUUUAUCUUAUAGGAAAAAGUGUGAGCUAGCUAAACUCCACGAAGAUAUUUUGGUAAUGAAAGAAUAGUUAAUCAGUUGAGGUAGAUAGUUUAUGAACUUUCGGAAAACACUAAGCAUACUUUU